CAGUACUUUAGUUUUACACCGCGACUCAGAAAGUCUUAGUCUCAGUACUUUCUUACAUACCCGCUUCUCCUCCAAGCCAUUCAAAGGCACCCAGUACGACAACGCUAAGAUGUCCCUCCUAGAACGCCUAAAUGUCCCAAUAGACAACGGAGCCGGAGCACCUUCCAUAGGCCCUGUCCGUACAAAAUCAGGCAGUCGCUCAUCCCCAUACACCCGCCCAAACCGCACCCCCAAAGGUGACCCAGACGCUCAAUGGAGCCACGACCUCUACGAAGACCCAGAAAAACCAAGCCUAUCAUCAAGACUCACCCUAAGCGCCGCCCAACCUCGCAAACCCGAUUCACGCCUCGCACAGCGCGCGCUUAGGGACGCAGCAGGGGACAGCAAACUAGGACAGGGCUUGAGCAUCAAAGGCGCGAGUGCGGUGCCGUUGGGGAAUGUGGUGGAGAUUAGGGGACUUGUGAGGGGUACGACUGCUGCUGAUGUUGAGGCUAUUUUCAAACGAUGCGGGACGAUAGUUUCGUCUGAAACAGCAUCUCCUAAAGCUUCGGAGAACGUCAUUGUCCGCAUCACGUUCAAACUACCCGCGCAUGCAGACGCAGCUGUGAAUAAGUUCAACGGGCAGCCUGCAGAUGGCAAAAUCUUGCAAGUGAGCAUUGUGGGGACGAAAGCGGUGGGGUUGACGGGGAGACUUGCGGGUGUGGAUGUUGUGGAUGAUAGUGUGGAUGUGCUUAUGGAGGGUGGGGAUGAGGGCAAUUCAUCAAAAAUGCGGUCGGAUUCGAUUAUUGCUUCGGAUCCGAGAGCAAGUGUGUUGGUUGCGCCACCGGGUGCGGACCCGAAGCAGUAUACCCAGCACUCGCACUCGAAUCCUCGUCCGGAUGGGCAGAAGUGGUAUCGUGGGGGUAGGGGUCGUGGACGGGGUCGUGGAAGGAGAGGUGGUGGUGGGGAACGAGCAGGCAUGGAUAUUGACGAUUGAAGCCCAAGUUAUGGGACGGGUUUUCUUGGUUACGGGUAUAUUAAUAUGGAUGAAAUAGUCUGUGGCCCAGCCCGACUUGACAUGCAUUAGCUUCACCUUGGGUUGCGAAUUAUCUUAGCAUAUGUAUUUUCCCCUGUGCUGAUUACACAUCUCAUCUCAUCUCAACCAGUAUUUCACGCAACGAG